AUGCCAGACUGGCCCACAGACAUUCUAGGCCUCGUCCUCGGGCAUCUAUGGCAUCUCCACACAACGAGCUGGGAUCAAGAAUUUCGUCCAGAGGCCUUUCGCCGCUUCUUUAUCGCUUAUGCGCUUGUUGCCCGCGCCUGGACAAUCUACGCCCAGCGUUAUGUCUACCGUGUUGUCCAUCUCACUUGGGACUCGCAUAUGUCCUCUUUUAUUCUCGGAGUCACCCACCCUAUUCGCGGACAGGCACUCCAAGACGCCAUCCGUGUCCUCGACGUCACACUCUCCCACAGCAGACUCGGCAUCCCUGUCGCAAAGCUCGAUAAGCUCUUGAAAAACACGCCAAAUCUCGUUGAACUUCGAUUGAGGAUCGGUCCCGAGGUCAACACCCUCUUCCUCAAGGUACCACAGAAACAGCGACUCGAAUCCGCGUUCAAAGCCCUUCGGCCGACACUCAGAGCACUUCAAGUUUCGCUCGAUGAACGUAGGACAAAGUCUCAAAUCAUGGAACAUAUUCAGCACCUCGUCGAUUUUGCCACCCUCGACUUUGUGUCCAUCAUGUGGCCCGGCAAACACGUCGAGCUCCCAGCCAAUCUCUUGGACAAGGACAAAUGGGACGUUCGCAGCUCGAGCUGGGCACGCGUACCAUGGCCGCUCGAAACUACGGCCAUCGAUAUGCCGAUCGGGCUCUUACUCGCCGCGCGGGAGAAACAAGAUGCGUCUCCAGAAGAGAAGGGGAACUUGUACGUAUACCCAUCGGCUCUUCGCGUCUACUCGUACAGAUACGAGGAGCGACCCGUGUUUGUCGAUCUCCUCGGUCCCUUUCUCCGCACUGUACUCUUCCAGUCCGACUUUCGUUCCGCACGCUGGUCAAAGCUCAGUGACUCUGUCGCUCGAGCCUGCCCAAACUUGGACAGGAUGAUCAUCCUCGACUGCCACACCGGCGGUUCUUCCAUCUACUGGAACGGAUAUCCAGUAUCAAUCAUGUACGUCUUGGAGCCACAGGACUGGCACAAGGGGCCUGCAAUUACUACCAAAAACGACCUGGACGAAAUACUCAACGAGCACGAAGACGAAAAGGGCUCACAACUGCUCGAAAUCGGAGGCAUGGUCGAAACGGCGUCACAUUACGUCCAGUUUCGGCGCCGAUGGGGUCAAAUCCCUGUACGACCCUUUUGUCGUCGUCUACCAGUCUUUGACGAGCGCCUUCCCAGUCAUGCCUUUUCGGGCAUCGAAGAUACUCGCGACACGACAAAGCUUGCAUGGGAUUAUAGUUGGAUCUGGGCAGAACCGGUCGUUCCGGUCCCUGGUAAUCUCAUAGUUGCCCUUCGGCAGCCAAGUACGGCCAACGACGAUUCUUGA